AUGCGCAGAGCAGACCUGUGGGCCAUGGUGGGUGCAUUGGGGCCAGGGCCGAGCUGUCUUGUGCAUGCGGUUUACAGUGGGCAAGGAACAGGCAAAGAAGUUCGCGCGCGCAGGGACAGUACGGGCGAGCAGGCGCACAGUAGCAGCAUGGAGGGGAAAUUGCCAGAACACUACUUCGAGCUGGUCCGCGAGGCGGUGGCCGCGGAGCCGGCGGCGCGACAUGGUCCCAAGCGGCGGCGGACGGCGGCAGGCGUUGCCGCGGCGGAGUCCGCGGGGCCGGGCUCAGUGGCGAGCGAUGACGAGGGUAGCACACAGAGCGAGGAGGAGUACGACAGCGAGGACUUCGAGGACGUGGAGGCGGAGACCGACGCGGCGGGGGACGUGUCGGUGACGCUGGCGGCGAGCCGCGCGAGACCAGCGCGCGCCAAGGUGGUGGACUCAGAGACGCGGGCGUUCCGACGCAGUUUCCACAUGCUACACGUGGCGGCGCUACUGGCGCACUACCACGUGCGCAACACAUGGCUGAACGACGGCAGGCUGCAGUCGCGGCUGGCGGCGCUGGUGCCGGACGAGGUCUACGCCAGCAUGCACCCGGAGCGCGAUGAGCAGCUGCCGCUGCGCUCCACGCGGAAGCUGUUGGAUGCCUUGCGCAAGUGCAUGAAGCUGUGGGAGAAGCACUGCAAGCGCAUCAUAGGGCGGGACGGUGGACUGUAUAUGCGGCCAUGGGCGCAGCUGGGGCAGCGCUAUUCGUCCGGCGCCGCGCUACUGACGCGCAAGGCUUUCAACAGGGCGCUGCAGAAGGGCGCUCCCAUGCCGCGAAGCGUUGCCCAGGAGGGGUUUGUGGCGCUGCUGAGGGGCUGCGGGCUGAACGCGCGGCUUGUUGCAAGCUUGCAGCCCCCUGAUCUGACGGACAUGAAGCCCGCGGGCGACGCACGUGGAUCCGACCCGCCGGGAGACAGCGAGGACGACACUGACAAAUACGAAUUCCCGCUGGUCUGGUGCGAGGUCUGGGAUCGCUACAGCAAGGCGUGGAUCACUGUGGAUCCGCUGUGCAAGCAGCUCGUCGAGCAGGUGCGGAACAAGUCCAAGCUGGAGCCCACGGGAAAGUUCGCGCGCUUCAACCAGAUGCGCUAUGUGGUUGGCUUCGACCGCAAGAUGGGCUGCCGCGAUAUCACGCGCCGCUACUGCGCCCAGUACAAUGCCAAGGUGCGGCGGCGGCGCAUCACGCGGGACACGCACGGUGCCGCGUGGUACGACGCGCUGCUGCGCGCACUGCACCAGCGGAAGCGUAUGAAGACGGACGACUACGAGGAUGAGUACUUUGCACGUCGCGACGAGGUCGAGGGCAUUCCCAAUAACAUGGCCGAUCUGCGCAAUCACCCGCACUACGUGUUGGAGAAGGACCUGAGGCAGCACGAGAUACUGCGUCCGGGCACCGAGCAGUGCGGCUAUGUGCGCUUCAAGACGACCAAGCGCUCCGCAGGGAGCACGCUGAAGGUAUUCAGGCGCACGGACAUCGUUCCCUGCUACUCUGGCCGCCAUUGGUUUCUACAGGGGAAAGUGCUGCGCAAGAACUGCCGCGCAGCCAAAACCGUUAUAGUCAAGGACCACCGCACGGGCGAGUCCGAGGAAGAGCGGCUGUACCCAGAGUCAGAGACCGAACCGUACGUUCCACCGCCCGUGGCGCCUGAUGGUACGAUCCCCACCAACUCCUUUGGCAAUAUCGACAUCUACAAGCCCUCUAUGAUCCCGGCGGGCUGCGUGCUGAUCGAAAACCCCAACGCAGUCCGCGCAGCCGCGUUCAUUGGCGUCCCAUUUGCAAAGGCCGUCACGGGCUUCUCGUUCGAGCGUGGCCGGACGGUCAAGCCUAAGUUUUCCGGCGUCGUCGUCCAGUCCUGCUAUCGCGACGCCGUGUGCGCCAUGAUCGACGGUAUCGAGACCAUCGGCGAUGAAGCCCGCAUGCAGGAACGAGAAUUGGGCGCGCUGCAGUCUUGGGCGCUGCUACUUGCCCAGCUCCGCGUCAAGCAACGCCUCAUCGAUCGCCACGGUGCUGUAUCAGAGCACACCUCGGAUUCAGAUUCAGAGCCCGAGGCCUCCGAUACAGAGGCGGGUGGCUUCUUCCCUGACGACUCAGCCUCACCCGUGCCUCGUUCGCCACCGAUCCGGGCGCCGAGCGAGCCAGUGGCCGAGCCCGCCGCCUCGCCACUGCAGACAGCAGUCGAGCUGGAAGACGAGUUCGCUGAGUUCAUUGACGAGCUGGGCAGCUACAGCGAGCACAGUAACACAGACUAG